UAUUACUUAUAAACUCUGGAGCCUUUUUCUCAUUGUACAAUUUAUUUAAGGUCCUUUCAAAUAUACAUAUACAUAAAUGAUUGUAUAGGCUUUACUUUAUAAGUAAUAUAAUUGUAAAAAAAAAGAUAUUUUGUAUCAAACAUAGUAAAGAUGGAACCAAAUACCGAAAAUAAAUUGGACGAAGUGCAGAGACAGAUAUUUGAUCGCAUUGCCAAAAACGAUGUAAAUGGCUUCAAGCAGCUGAUAACCCAACUAAAGGAGGGUGUCGAUUUUGUAGAUGAGGAUGGGAUGACUCCGCUCCAACAUGCUUGUUGCAAGGGUAAUAAAGAAGCAGUACAAAUAUUAUUAGAUAUGGGUGCUGAUAUACAUUUCAAUAAACAUGGCGCUGAUUAUACYCCGUUGCACUUCGCAGCUUUGUCAGGCAACACGGAAGUGUGUCGGCUUAUUCUAGAUGCUGGUAUAAAUCCAAGUAGCUUAAAUAGCGUUUCUCGAACAGCAUCACAGAUGGCUGCUUUUGUUGGUAAUCACUCCUGCGUGGAAACGAUCAAUAACUAUGUUCCYCGAAAGACAUUGGAGUACUAUACACGUGUACAGGGUCAACAAAAAGAGCCACUGAUACCUCCGGGGAUGAUGGAUUUGUUUCAUCAAUUUGUUAUAGAAAUUAAUUUGCAUCCUGUGCGCAUCGCACUAAAUUUACAAUCUUUGGGAUUGUUAAAAAAUUUGCAAGGUUUGAAGAAAACUUUGGAGUAUAUGUGUGAAAAGGAAAUGAAGAAGACCAAUGAUGUUAAUGAACUCAUGGCAUUUAAAUUUCACUAUCUUGGUUGGAUUGUGUCGGAAUUGAUGCGCUGCGAGGAACAGUGUAAAGCCCAACGUAAGGAAAAGUUGAAUGAAGUUGAUGCAGGAAAGCACGAUUUUGUAGAAUUAUUUAUAAAGCGAGUAUUAAAAGAAAACAAAAUUGGCCAGCUAGAUUACAUAGAAUUUACUCUACGUGAUUGCGUGCGUGAGUUUCCGUUCAGAGAUUGCACUGUGUUUCGUCAAGUUGUUUCCCAACUAGCUGCUAAAGAUCCGCAACCUGCACUAAUAGUCUUUCGCAAUGCUAUUAACGGUCAUCGUGGUUUUGCGGAUGAUACAUCAUAUUGCAGUUCUUGUGGCAAUGAAAAACCAGACAAAAAGUGCUCAAAAUGUAAACAAGUGAAAUAUUGUGAUCGUGAAUGUCAACGUUUGCAUUGGUUUAUGCAUAAAAAGACUUGCGCCAGGCCUACCUCGAACGCUACGGCUUCGACCAGCACUUCAUCAGCUAAAGAGCCAAUAGAUACAGCUGAAUUACAUGAGGAACUUUCCAAAAUUACUACUAGCUAAAUGAUGUGUAUAUUUGUACGACUAAUAAAUGUUUGGUACCUUUACCGUUUAUAUUCACCUUA